AUGGGGAAACCGAAAGGUAUACGUACAGCUCGAAAAUUGAAGACACAUCGGCAGGCUCAACGGUGGAACGAUAAAGGAUACAAAAAGGCUCAUUUAGGAACUCGAUGGAAAGCCAAUCCGUUCGGUGCUGCAUCACAUGCCAAGGGCAUCGUCCUCGAAAAAGUUGGCGUUGAAGCUAAACAGCCCAACUCAGCUAUUCGCAAAUGUGUACGUGUUCAGUUAAUCAAGAAUGGAAAAAAAAUUACUGCAUUUGUUCCAAACGAUGGUUGCUUGAACUUCAUUGAGGAGAAUGACGAAGUCCUAGUGGCUGGCUUCGGUAGAAAAGGUCAUGCAGUGGGUGACAUUCCAGGUGUACGUUUCAAGAUUGUGAAAUGCGGUAGACAUCGCGAGAUCGCUGUUUUCACAAAAUUCUGUCAGAGUGAUCUAUCGAUAUAUCUUUUUCAAGAGAUGUCGGUGGAAUGCCCGGUACAUCCCGGUGCUCAUCUGGUGGAGGACCAUCGAGCUGGUGACUUGAUUUGCCCCGAAUGCGGUUUAGUUGUGGGGGACAGAUUGGUGGAUGUGGGCACAGAAUGGCGAUCAUUCAGUAAUGAAAAGUCUGGUGCAGAUCCUUCACGCGUUGGUGCACCGGAGAACCCACUUCUUGGAAGUGCUGAUUUAUCUACAUCUAUUGCUGUCGGUUUUGGUGGUUCCGAAAGCGACUACAGUUUGGCAAAUGCGCAACGCAAGAAUAUGAACAACAUGGAUCGACAGAUGUCGCAGGGCUUAAGUGUAAUUCGUGAGAUGAGUGCACGCAUCCACCUCCCAAAAUCUAUUGAGGAUGGCGCAGCCAAAAUUUUCAAAGAUGUGUUGGACAGCAAAGCAUUACGAGGUAAAAAUAACGAAGCUCAAGCAGCAGCAUGUUUAUACAUAGCUUGCAGAAAAGAAGGUGUUCCACGUACAUUUAAAGAAAUCUGCGCUGCUUCUCGUGUUUCCAAAAAAGAAAUAGGAAGGUGCUUCAAACUGAUCAUAAAGUCAUUGGAAACGAGUUUGGAACAGAUUACUAGUGCAGAUUUUAUGUCACGAUUCUGUGGUAAUUUGGGUUUGCCGCAUAGUAUCCAGGCUGCAGCAACACGAAUUGCAAAAAAAGCUGUUGAACUGGAUUUAGUUGCUGGCCGUAGUCCGAUAUCUAUUGCUGCAGCAGCGAUAUAUAUGGCGAGCCAAGCAUCCAGCAAUAAAAAAACGGCUAAAGAAAUAGGUGAAAUUGCGGGUGCAGCUGAAGUGACGGUUAAACAAACAUAUAAACUUCUCUAUCCUCGUGCCGCAGAACUGUUUCCGGAUGAUUUCAAAUUUACUGCAGGAGUUGAAUCGCUUCCACCAUCUUGA